AUUCCAAUAGACUUUGUUGGUAGGGUAUAAAAAGAACGCCGGUGUGAUUUCGCUACAGAACGCUCAGAAUGGCUCAAGUUAAUACAGUGUGGAUUUUAUUCGGCUUAUUCAUCCAGAUUCAGCUUCUGGCUGCUGGAAAAAUUGACGCAGACGAUAAUAAAGUAAAACUAGCCACAACAGACAGCUCAGACAAUGGAGAUGCGAGUGUGGAGUCACAACAAGCAGAUGUUAGCAGUGAAGUAGGUGACGAUGACAUCGAAAAGAGGGGUAUAGGAAAGUGGAAAAACAUCAUGUGGUCACAAAGUCAAGGUAAAAGGAAUCUCGGACGAUGGAAAAACAGAAAUUGGCGGGAUAUGCAAAGUUACGGCUUACAGGGGCGAAGUGGAGGUAACUAUGGACAUUUCCUGAGUAAACGAUUUUCUGGCGACAGCGAUGGUAUGAAGAUAAGUGAAAACACAUACAAGGAGAUUCCUGAAUAUGGAAUAUUGAAUGGGGAUUUUAUUAUUCCAGAUUCCUACGCGUAUGAUGACGUGUACGGUGACGUAACAGACGCUGAUCCGGACUACAACAACGUCGACAAACGUCAUCGCUCAAGGUGGAACUUGAUCCAUAGAAAAUUAUCUCAACUUAACGCUGAUAAACGCGAAGAUUCCUCUGACGAUGUGAAACGAAUGGCAAGUAGGUGGCGAAUUAUUCAAAACAAAUUAAAUCAGCUACACAGUAAAAACAACAAAAGAUUUGCAGGCCGAUGGAAGAAUCAGAACUGGCUUUUACAGCAAGCUAACAAAAAGUAAACAAAUUUAAUUCUGUCAGAUGUAUGUACAGUGAAUUUAAGACACUUGACAAGACAAUUUCUAAUGUUGGCAAGACAUUAUAUUUUUGUUGUUUUUGGUCGGGAGUUAUUAGUUCGGCUUCAGAAUAUAAAACAUUUUUCAAGCAAAUAUUUUUAAAAGAACAUGUAUUAAUUAGAUCUAAUUUAUAACUGUAGGAAAAGACUAUACAUUUAUUUUGGUAAAGUGGUGUUUAACGUACACUGUACAUGUUUGUUUACAUAAUAUGAAUGUUUGUAAACAGAAUGAAAUAUAUUUGUUAUUAUGUUCUACCAUAAAGCAUCAGGUACCAUCGACUGGCUCAAAUUUACACGUGCAGACGACAACAGUGUUGUCUAUAUUACAUUGUUAGUAUGACGUCAGGGUGGUGACGUCAAUUAAACAAGCACAGAAACACGUCAAUUUUAUGAAUAUACAUGAAAAUACUUGCAGUUUGAACAAGAAACACCGGCUGCAAUACGACAAAAGAAAACAAAACUUCUUAAGAUUCGAAAAUAAGCACGUGACUCUGAUAAGUAGACUUUGCAUCGAUUUAAUACCUGUAAUCCAAAUAAAAAAACAUUAUGUUCGAUAGAUACAAUAUUCAAUACAUUGACACAUAUAAGACUGAAAAUUAAAUAAAUACACC